GAGAUCCCCGCAAGUUACGUGAACGCGCCGUCAGUGACGUCAUCGCCUGACCCACUUGGAGGCUCGGCAGCCAACGGACGCGCAGAGGCGGGAACGUCAACACCGAGUGGACGUCGUGAGAGAAUACAAGAGUGAAAUAAGGUGACGUCGUGAGAGAAAAUACGAGUGAAAUAAGGUGGUCCAGCGAGCGUGUGAACCAUGUCCCAGGACAAGAGUGGCUACCCUGCCAUGGGGGAGACCCAUCCCAUCCACAGCAACGUGUACGGACCCCCGCAGCCGGGCUUCGGCAUGCCCCCGCCCAACUACAGCCAGGGCCCCGGAGGACCGUACCCGCCGGCAGCCGGCUACGGGCAGCCGGGGUUCCCCCAGGCGGGCUUUGGCCCCCCCGGCCCCUAUCCUCAGAUGCCUUACCCCCAGAUGCCCUACCCGCAGGGGCCCUACCCGCAGGGGCCCUACCAAGGACCCGGGCAGCCAGGCUUUCCCGGAGACCCCUCUGCACCUGGUGGCAGCCCCGGUUACCACGGCGACGUGCCUCCAACCUACUACGACAACGAGGACUUCACCAACUCCGGCUUCGAGGACAAGAGCAUCCGACAGGCCUUCAUCCGCAAAGUGUUCCUGGUUCUGACUGUGCAGCUGAUGGUCACCUUCUCCUUCGUGGCCAUCUUCACCUUCGUGGACGAGGCCAAGGUCUUUGUGCGCAGGAACCCCUGGACCUACUACAUCUCCUACGUUGUCUUCCUGGUGGCGCUCAUCGUGCUCAGCUGCUGCGGGGACUUCCGCCGCAAGCACCCCUGGAACCUGGUGGCACUGUCCAUCCUGACCCUGAGCCUGUCCUACAUGGUGGGCAUGAUCGCCAGCUUCUACGACACGGACACCGUCAUCAUGGCCGUGGGCAUCACCGCCGUGGUCUGCUUCACCGUGGUCCUCUUCUCGCUCCAGAGCAAAUAUGACUUCACUUCCUGUCAAGGCGUGCUGUUCGUGUGCCUGAUCGUGCUCCUGCUCUUCGGCAUCCUGUGCAUGUUCAUCCGCCACAGGAUCCUGCACAUCGUCUACGCCUCCCUGGGAGCGCUCCUGUUCACCUGCUUCCUGGCCGUGGACACGCAGCUGCUGCUGGGCAACAAGAAGUUGUCCCUCAGCCCCGAGGAGUACGUCUUUGCUGCCCUCAACCUCUACACGGACAUCAUCAACAUCUUCCUCUACAUCCUGGCCAUCGUGGGCCGCUCCCGCGACUGAUGCUGCUGCUGCUGCACGCCAUCAUGUGACCUUUCAUCUUCCCUCUCACUUUAAAACCUCUACUAACACGGAACAGUUUGGCGUGAAGCGUAACUUUGUUUUGGCAGGCGAGGUAGACGCUUAUACUGACAACUUGGCUUGCACAUACAAGCUCCAAGUAUU